CUUGCGCAGCUCUUACCGUGGAGCUGUGCAUCCAACGUCGUGUGCAAUAUCAAACUCCAACCCUUCCCCCAUGCAUGUGGCCCAUGCGUAUUAGUGGGGCGGGGUACAUUUUUGUCAACGGGCGGCACGUGGCUGAGCUAUGUAUUCUUUGGUGCCCGAUCUUAUUUUGCAUCAUUCUGUAGUUGUCAUGUUUCGACGUCUGAAAAAUGAAGCGUAGAAAAAAAACCACCGGGCAUUUCUUUGCGUUUUCAUGGCAAAGCAGGCAAUGCGGCAAUUGGUUAGUGCUGCGCCAGAGAUUCAUAAACAUGCUUGAAGACUCUAUGGCACAGGACAACUUAAAUUCCGUACCGCGAUACAGAGGAUGCUAUUCAUUCGUGAAUCACUUAAUUUACAUACCUGCAUUUCAUUCGCACGAUAAAUGAGCAUAAGCAAAACAUGUUUUGUUCUAGCCCUUUCGGUUAUGCCACUGCUAUCGACAUCAUUACCGUCGUAAUUAACGUCUGUACCAAUUUUGACGUAUACACACUCGUGAACGAAAUCGUUGAUCUUGCGCUGGUCGCUCUUUUGUUUUGAAUUGGAACGCGAGUGAAGUAAUGAACUGCCAGCAGUGCUGAAGGCGUCGAGAGCCAGAGGUUUCAGCAGCGACGUGCUUCUGAGUGCGCCGGUGAACUAUGGCUGUCGUGAUAGAAACUACGCUGGGCGACCUGACGGUCGAUCUCUACACGACGGAGCGACCGCGGACGUGCCUCAACUUUCUGAAGCUGUGCAAGCUCAAGUACUACAACCUCGGCCUCUUCCACAGAGUCGAGCAAAACUUCGUGGCCCAAGCCGGCGACCCCAGCGGCACCGGCCGCGGCGGUGAGUCCAUGUUCGCCAAGCUGUACGGCGACCAAGCCCGUUACUUCGAGAUGGAAAAGAAACCGCGCCUGAAGCACCUCAAGCUGGGAACGCUGUCGAUGGUAGGCAGCGACGAGGGCCUCCACGGUUCGCAGUUCAUCAUCACGUUGGGAGAGAACUUGGACUCCCUCGACGGUCAGCACAGCGUCUUCGGAUGCGUCGCCGAGGGCUUCGAGACGAUCGAGCGAAUCAACGCGGCAGUGUGCGACGGCGAAGGCAGGCCUUACCAGGACAUACGCAUCUGCCACACCGUGGUCCUGCACGACCCGUUCGACGACCCUGAGGGACUCGAGCUCCCCGACGCGUCGCCCGAGCCGACGCUGGAGAUGCUUCGGAGCGACCGGAUCGGAGCGCACGAGAUCGUUGACGACACGCAGGGCCGCAGCAUGGAGGAGAUCGAGGAAGAGAUCAAGACCAAGGAAGCCCGCGCCCGAGCCACGGUGCUGGAGAUGAUCGGAGACCUGCCGGACGUCGAAGCCGCGCCGCCGGAGAACGUGCUGUUCGUCUGCAAGCUGAACCCGGUGACGACGGACGAGGACUUGGAGAUCAUCUUCAGCCGCUUCGGCCCCGUCAAGAGCUGUGAGGUCAUACGCGACCGCAAGACGGGCGACUCCCUGCAGUACGCCUUCAUCGAGUUCGAGCAGCGGGAGCAUUGCGAGAACGCGUACUUCAAGAUGGACAACGUGCUCAUAGAUGACCGCCGUAUCCACGUCGACUUCAGCCAGUCGGUGGCGAAGCUGCGCUGGAAAGGAAAAGGUCGAGGGGUGGAGUACAUCAAUGAUGAGCGGGAUGGUAAGAGACCCAAAGGUGCUCGUUAUGAGCUGAAAGAUACGGCACGGCGUGGUGGUGCCGGGGGUCAGUACGAUUUAGUGUGGAGCGACAGUGAGGAAGGUGGGGAAGGUGCCAAGCAAAAGGAACGAAGCGAGCGUAGCCAGAAGGACAGAAAGAAGGAAAGCCACAAGGAAAGGCACAGGGAUGGCCACAAGGAUAGCCUCAAGGAUAGCCGCAGCGAUGGACACAGGUCCAACAGACAUGGUGACAGCCAUAGAGAAAAACAUACUGACAGUCAUAGAAGCAGUCACCGAGACCAGGACAGGAAAAGCCACAGAGAUGAGUACCGGGAAAGGAGUCGCGAGAGAGAUCACAGAGAUGAACGGAGAGAGAAGGACAGGAGCCACAAGCAUUCUCAUGAUCACCAGUCAUCCUCAUCUCGCCAUGGGUCGGACAGCAGGAGUCGAAGCAAACGUAUGCACCAUGAUCGUUGAGCAGUGUUGCAUGGUCCGACACCUUCCAUAUGUAAUAUACUCAUUGCAGUCGCAUUUCUCAGUCUUCAUUGCGAAUACAAUUGUACAAACCUUAACUGUCCUCUGCUGAAGCUUCGUGGGAUGGUUGAUCUCUCACUAUACAUUUGAAUAAAUAUUGUUGAAAUCUGUA